GCGGCUAGCCUAGCCCUAGCCUAGUCGCCCUAGCUAGCUAGCCUCGCAUCACUUCGCAUUUCGCGUCACAGGCUGUGACUCACAGUCGCGAAGGUAAAAAUGCUCGAGCUCGAGGAGAACCAAGUGUUUACAAAACAAGGUAAAAUCAACUGCCUGUCGACAGAAUUAAAUUUGGGCAUCACUCUGAAAGGUGGACAAAGUUUCAGAUGGUUUUCUCACAACGAUGGAUACAGAGGAGUGUUCGAGAGUUGCGUUUGGACUCUCGAACAGAACGGCACACACGUGUACUAUACGGCGCAAGGUCCGUCGGUAGAUACUAAAAAUUGCGACGAAAUUUUAAAACGAUACUUCAGAUUGGACGUGCGUUUAGAGGAUCUGUGCAGGGAAUGGGCCGAGUCGGAUCCACAUUUCGAAAACUCGUUAAAUAAGACGAACGGUGUCAGGAUAUUGAAUCAAGACGUUGUCGAGAAUGUAUUUUCUUUCAUUUGCACUUCCAACAAUAACAUUAAAAGGAUAUCAGGAAUGGUAGAAAAAUUGUGUAGAUUGUUCGGUGAAAAAAUUUGUUCCAUCGAGGGGAAAGAUCACUACGACUUUCCUACCAUCGAAGCGUUAGCAGAGGAGAGCGUGGAAGAGAAAUUGAAGAAAGAAAAGUUUGGAUAUCGCGCCGGGUACAUAGCGAAAACGGCAAACAAGUUGAUGGAACUCGGUGGGAAAACAUGGCUCUCGAGUUUACACAGGAGGAACAACGUAUCGUACGCGAUGGCCAGAGAGAAAUUAGCUACUCUUCCUGGAAUUGGUCCCAAGGUCGCGGACUGUGUAUGUCUGAUGUCGUUAGGCCAUUUGGAAGCCAUUCCUGUAGACACUCAUAUCUUCCAAGUGGCUCGUGUAAAUUAUUUGCCGCAUUUAGAGCGACAGAAAACGGUCACGCCGAGAAUUCACAAGCAAGUCGGCGAUCACUUGCGUGAAUUAUGGGGGCCACUAGCUGGUUGGGCACAGGCUAUAGUUUUCUGUGCGAAAAUUAACGCCAGUGCCGAAUCGUCGGUGAAGAUCGCCGGUACUCCCACGUCGUCCAACUGCAAACGUAGUAAAACUGACAGGUAGGUAAAUGUACAUUUCAGAGUCCAAGUCUUAAAAUAUGAGAUGUAAAAAGACUUUGGACGGCAACAUUACUUUUACUGAAUAACAAUGUUUUAAUCGCUGUAUAUAUGUACAAUAUAUUACAAAACCACGGUGGAAGGUGUACAAACAUUUCAGCCAGGUUAUAUAUCGUGA